AUGAGGGCAGGAAUAAAUAACCUUGUUGUGGACAAUGGUUCCGGAAUGUGCAAGGCCGGCUUCGCUGGCGAUGACUCGCCUCGUGUCGCCUUUCCAACCGUGGUCGGCCGCCUACGCCAAAGUGGGGAGCAAACAGAGCGCUACGUGGGUGGUGAGGCGCAGUCAAAGAGAGGCAUCCUCACUCUCAAGUACCCCAUCGAACACGGCAUUGUCACCAAUUGGGAUGAUAUGGAGAAGAUUUGGCAUCACACCUUCUACAAUGAGCUUCGUGUGGCACCUGAGGAGCAUCCAGUCCUCCUCACUGAGGCGCCUCUCAAUCCCAAAGCCAAUCGUGAGAAGAUGACACAAAUUAUGUUUGAGACCUUCAAUGUGCCUGCCAUGUACGUGGCUAUUCAAGCGGUGCUGUCGCUCUACGCCUCUGGUCGUUUAACGGGUAUCGUUUUAGACUUGAGCCAUGGAGUGAGUCACAUUGUCCCCAUUCACAAAGGCUACAGUAUCGAACGCGGUAUUCUCUACCUGGAAGUUGCCGGUGCAAACCUCACCGACUGGCUGAUGAAACUGCUGACUGAGCGUGGCUACGCCUUCACCACCACUGCA